CAGUUUUGACAUGGCCGCUCACACGCAGUGGUGCUUGACGUGCCUGCCUUUCGUUGUAACUUUAGUAGUGCAAAGCUUUGUUUAUCGGUGGUGAUUCGGUCGGAGGGAGCAGUUGCCGAGGCAUGGCUGACGACGAAGAAGAUGACGAAGUGUACGUCGUCGUGGAACUGAGCGGCGUCAUCGAUGCCCGAGUGUUGGAGCUGGCUGGCAAGCGAUGCUCCAUUCUCGGCGUUGACACGCCCGAGCCCGUGCUCAAGCUCGGCUCGUACCUGUUCACCGGCGAGUACAGAGAUUCCAUCGGGACGUGCGUGCUGUUCGAGGAGACCGAAGCGGCCGGCGAAGGCACCAGCAGCGCCACCGAGAGCCGUAACAGUAGCUGCCGGCAGACAAGGCAGAAACCACCGAAGGAGCUCAGGUAUUUCGGCAAGACUGAGAAGCGGCUACACAUGAACACCUCUUUCCUGCAAGAAAAGGCGACCGCUAAGGCUGCCGAAGCAGCGCAGGAGGCAGUGAAGCCUGAUCGUGAAAACCCGUCUACGGAGAGUCGGGAAGAGGCGACCGCGAAGGCUUCCGAACUAGCGCGUGAGGCACUGAAGCCUGAUCAUAAAAACCAGUCAACGGAAGGUCUAGAAAAGGCGACUAGUAUGACUACCGAACCAGUGCAGGAGGCAGAGAAGGUGCCUGAUCAAGAAAACUCUACGGAAAUGGCGGUCGACGAUAGCUGACAAGGGGCUGAACGCGUCGCUCGGGGCACGUGUUUGAGCAAGUGAAAGCCGCAACUGUACCUGGACGCUCCCGUAUGCGCCGCUCCCGUAUGCGCGCUGUGAUGGUAGUUUCCCAUCUUGUGUCCGGUUUAUCAUUCGUCCUGUGUUUUAUCUCAAGUGGUGCAGUGUGAGUGCGUGUUUUCACAUUCCUUGCCCAAAUACUUUCCAUCGUGGCCUGUCGCCCCGCUGUAUUUGUGGCCGCCUGAGGGACAACAUAUUGUUGACGUUUUUUUUUUUUUUUACUCAACAAACGCCUGCCAUUAUAGUCUGCGACUAAAUUAAGCAUCUUCACGAAAUAUUCGAACGUUGCAAAGAGCACACUUACUCUCUCGAGGCAAGCUAUUGGAAGUCGAACUUGUGCAUCUUAGCAAGCACAGGGGAACAAACACAAGAGAAAAAUACACGUAGAUAGGCGUGUUUUUUCUCUUGUGUUUGUUCCGCUGCGCUUGCUAAGAUGCACAAGUUCCAUACACACCAAUUAGCCCAAAUUUCCACGUUGAAUUGGAGGUCAUUUUGUACUCUGCUGGCCUUCUAACCCCCUAGUUUUUAGACACGCUACGGCGCUACCUACCAUGUGCUUAGAAUAUCAGAACAACUUCGAUGCCCAGGCAACCAUUUUCGCUGUGAAUGCAACCUUCAUGCAUUAUGCAAAAACCUUGAAACACUAGGAUUCCUCGUCGUGUCUCUGUGCGAAGUUCGAAAGCUGGACGUGUUUUACAUGGCACAGAUUCAUAUGUUGGCAGACUUAACUGCCCACCACAGUGAACAGAUGCACUGCUUUUCGACCAACUCGUAUAGUUAGUCAUUAUGCCCACAUGAAAUACAGUAAAAGCUUGUUGAUUUGAACUCGGUUAAUUCGAAUUUACAGUUCAUUUGAAUUGACACCCUGGUCCCGGCACAGCCCUGUGUAUUUAUAUGGGGCAAAACACCCGAUAAUUCGAACGCUUCAGUAUCCACAAUGGCUAAUUGGAACUGGGAGCCCCUGGUUUUGAUCGCUCCUCGCACAAGUCUGCUUCGAGUGAUCACAAUGUGUUGCAAACAAAACCAAAUUUAGUAAAGAUGCAAAACCACGAAACAGCAGCAUUUCUCAGUUGAUGAGAAUGUGGACGCUGUGCUGGAGCUCUUGGGCAAGCUGCAAAUGAUGGUCACGGAGUCACGACUGAAGAAACGCAAGGAAAUGAAAAUUACUGAUUACUUUUAAUUUUGAUUGCGUUAUCUUUGCCAUGUAAAAUAAACGUGUUUUGGAGCAUAAAACCGUGUCAUAUAUUACGAUGGCUCGCCUCUCACAUGAGUGCGUGUCGGUGCUUGUUUCUGGCACAUCACUGAC